AUUGCACCGCUGCCGUCAUCGAUCGGAAGUGAGUCAAAAGCGGCACGUCACAUUUGUGAAACGGCGUGAUUUUUACACUACAGGUACCGCCAUAUAAACCCGAAGUGUCAACAAGUCAUGGCAGGGAAGAUUAAUCGUCAGAACGAAUCAGUCGUUAUUCGAAGCCUACGGCGCUUAAAAGAGAUUUAUUGGCCUUCCGGUGUGAGAGACGUCGUUUUGGAUCACGAAGAGGAAGAACCCGGCUUUUUGGAUUGUUUACCUGUGGACGUGCAGUUCCAGAUCAUGACCUUAUUGUCGUCUGUGGACAUCUGUCGCCUGGGAGCAACCAGCCGCUACUGGAGGGCCUUGGUUCGAGACCCGUUGCUGUGGAAGUUUUUUCUUCUCAGAGACAUGCCAUCCUGGACCUCCAUUGAUCACUUAACGAUGCCGCAACUGGAGGCUCCAGAAGGCCCGGUCAUCAGUGAUGAUGCAGAACAGGACGAUUACGAGAGGACAGAAUCCAAAGUCGACUACAUGGCAGAAUAUCUGAAAGCAUGCCCUUCAUGCAGACAAAGAUGGCUUCCUUCGUGGCCACCGUACCGAGUAUUGACAUCCUUUCUGCAGUCUCUGGUGCCCUCAGCCGAACCGCGUUACGUCAUGUUCGGGCCCGGCAUGGAGCAACUGGAUAUCUCUCUAGUCACCAGGCUGAUGCACGCCUCUGAUAUUCUACCAAUGACCAUCAUUCCGAGCAGUCAGAUCAAUGGACCUUCAGUGAUCGGCUCUGGCAUCACUUAUAUGUUCAACAACCAGCACAAGUUCAACAUCUUUACACUUUAUUCGACUAACAAAGCAGAGAGGGACCGCACCAAACAACAGAAGCAGUAUAUGACUGGUAAACUCUUCACUCUGGUAGGAAGCAAUGACUCAGGCCAUCCGAUCUACAGGCCGGCCCCUCAAGUGCAGCAGGUGUGCCAGGUCGUGGAAGGGGUUAUCUAUGUGGCGAACGCCGAACUGGGGAGAGGUGAAGGAGAGUCUGAGGCGGCUCAAAUCACUGCUCUGCUGUGCUCCGCUUCCAAACCCUUGCUGGUGCUCUCGUGCGUCUCCAGAGAGGAAAGUGAAGCAGUCGGGACCACUAGAAUGCAAACUUGGCGUCGAACACCCUGUAUUGACAUGGCAAAGAGACUCAACCUGCCUCAGUUACCUAAUCCCUGGAUGGUGCAGGACACAGUUGCAGAAUCCCUGUCGGGUCUUCUGGAUGGUAUUUCUUGGUUGCUGAGAUCCUCGGGUGUCAAAGUGUAUGAUGGCUAGGGUAACCUAGUAA